AUGAAGCUAAAACCGCCUCAUCUCGCGCUUUUGGAAGCUAGCUUUCCAGCUAGCAAGCGUAAUCGUUUCGCAGGUUUCAUGUCGACCUGAAAACGGCAAAGAAGCGACACAUAAAGACACCCAGAGUUCGCUAAAGAAGAAAGUAAAGGCUGCACAGAAGAGCAGGACAAUGCCGCACAAUUUCCAACCCGGAGACCUGGUCUUCGCUAAAAUGAAGGGGUACCCCCACUGGCCAGCCAGGAUUGAGGAUGUGGCAGAUGGAGCAGUUAAACCCCCUCCAAAUAAAGUCCCCAUCUUCUUCUUUGGGACCCAUGAAACAGCAUUCCUUGCACCAAAGGACCUUUUUGCAUAUGACAAGUACAGCGAGCGCUAUGGGAAACCUAAUAAAAGGAAGGGCUUCAAUGAGGGCUUGUGUGAAAUCCAAAACAACCCUCACGCCUCAUACAGUGCUCCUGCACCUGUCAGCUCGUCUGACAGUGAAGCUAAUGACGGUGCAGCAGGAAGUGAGGCAGAAGAUGACGAGGAAGCAGUGGUGCCCAGGAAAGCAUAUUCAGGAAGUGAAGUAAAUUCUGACUCAGGAAGUGAGGAUCGAGGAGGGGUGAAGAGGAAGGCCCCUGCUGCCAAGCGGCCCCCUGUGAAGAAGACCCGGGGUUCGUCCAGUGACCGGGAUGGAGAGGAGAGUGGCUCACCCUCGGAGCCAGACCCAUCCCCUUCUGACUCUGACUCUGGGAAGAACAGUGACCAGGACUUCACCCCAGAGAAGAAGGCAGCAGCAGGCCGUGGCGGAGCCGGGAAGAAGGCUGGAGGUGGCAAAGGGAAGAAGGUGGUGUCGUCGGACUCCGACUCUGGGUCUCAGUCAGACAAGAAGAAAGGGGGCAGUGAUUCAGAGGAUCAGAAGCCACGGCCUGCUCUGUCUGGAUCAGAAUCCCAGUCUGGCUCCAAAUCUGACUCUGACUCAGAGCCACAGCCACCUCAACGGAAGACUCCUCAAGCGCGCAAGAAAGAGAAGCCUCCGCCAAAGCCUCGGGGUGGACGGAAACCCAAAGCUGCCCCGGUCAGAGCACCGGCAUCUUCCUCUGACAGUGAUAGCGACAGUGAGCCGGACCGAGUCAGCGACUGGAAAAAGAGAGAUGAAGAGCGUCGGAAAGAGCUGGAGGAACGGCGGAAGAAGGAGCAGGCAGAGGAGAUCCUCAAGUAUCGGGAGAGGGAGAAGGAAGAAGAAGAGCAGAGAAAGAAGGACAAGGAGAAGGGAAAGAGCAGUGGUGAAAACAGUUCAGAUGAGGGUGUAGAUCACCCACUGAAGAAGUCCAAGAAACCCCCACCGCCCCCCAUCCCCGCCCCCUCCGACUCUGACUCUGACUCUGGACCUGAGGUGAAAGCAUCUGCAAAGCGUUCAGACAACCAGAAGAAAGGGAGAACAAAGAAAGAGAGGGAUCAUGGUAAAGGCAAAAAGGAGAAAGAUGUGAAGGAAAAGCGAACCCAGCGGUCAGAGGAGAGGCCCCGAGUGAGGUCCAAGCCUGACAAGCCCAAACGCAAACCAGAGAGACCUCCAGAGAGGAAAGCAGAGAAGAAAAAAGAGCCAACUCCAGACGAAAAGUUGCAGAAGCUCCACGCUGACAUCAAGUUUGCACUGAAAGUGGACAACCCAGACAUAGAGCGCUGUCUACAGGCCCUGGUGGAGCUGGAAGCUGUGCCGGUCACCAGCCACAUCCUGCAGAAGAACUCAGAUGUUAUUGCCACGCUUAAAAAGAUCCGUCGAUACAAAGCAAGCAGUGACGUAAUGGAAAAGGCCAGCCAGGUCUACAACAAAUUAAAGGGGCAGUUUGUGGUCAAGUCUGAAAUGCCAAGUAAACACAAAGCUGAGGGAAAGGAGCAGGAAGAGAAUGGAAAGGAGACACCAAACACAGAUGUAACACCUGUGAAUGGGGAAUCAGAAGUCCAGAAAAAGGAAUGCACUGAGUUGGAGGAUACCCCAAAGUCUCCGGUCCAGGAAGUGAAUGAUGAGCAUGUGGCUUCAAGCCCCAACAGGCGAAGUCCUGAUAGUCCUGCUGAGCAGCAGACGAACACUGAAACACACCACGCUCUCUCUACAGAAACAGAACCGACAGCGAUGGAGAGCUGAAGAAAAUGGAAUACAAUUGUUUACCACAGCUAAAAUGAAAGCUCACUAGUCUCGUGCCAGAUACAUGGCGCUCUGCAGACCACUUUGAUGUUCGCCAUUGUAUUUUUCAAUUUUUAUAGGACACCUUGGCCCGUCCCCAAUUCCUCCCCCUCAAGCUACCAUGCUUUUUUUCCUGCCACAUGAACUCUAACUUUGGUCUUUCAUACAGUAUUUAUAAUGAGAGAUUCCAUUUUUAGCACUUCUAACAGGAAAUCGAAGGGGGAGAGGAGUCUUGUUCUGCUUUGAAGUAACUGUACUGUCACGUUAGUCAAGGCAUCUAUUGGCUUUGCUUGAGAAUGAUAUUGAAGCCUACAGAACCUAGAAAAGGCUAAUGGUGGAUAGGUAUGAGUCUGGUACUUUUUGUGAGUUUCUUUUUAUAUAUUUUUUUUAUCUGGUCUGUUCUUAUUAAUCCAGUCUCACCAUAUACAUAUUAAGCCAGUGAACGGAACCACAUCACAUGUUUUCCAAUUAAGUUCCACCUGUUUUUUUGUUAUUUUUACAAUUAUGUUUUCUGAUAUUGCAUCUGCUUUUGAUUUACUGAAUGCUGUGGAAUUAUCCACUGUCAUCUGGUUUUUCCCUCUACCAUCUGCUUUCAAGAAUUAGCCUAAUGAAUGGGAUAAUACACAUUGUGUACAGACUAAAUGAUAUUAUCUUGAUCCAAGCUGUCCAGAUCACAUGUAGCUGGAGCCCAUUUGACGUUUGUCAUACAUACUAUGUAAGUGUUUUUAGUGGGAUGUAAAAUAUUUAGUUGAGUUAAAUCAAGAUCUCAGCGUUGUGGUCAUAAUCUGAACACUUCUGUCAUUGAAGGCUUCAAAGAAGUCCCAUAUUCUCAUAAAUGUAGUUGGAUUGGGGUGUAAUAAAUGUAUACAUACAAGUUGUAAUUUACAACACUUGUAACGAAUCUAGCGAAGAUGAAUUGCAGUGAAUAAUGUGGACCUAUGCACGCGGUCAGCGGUGUAAAAUUGUUUAUAAAUAACCGAUUAUACAUUUAUGCAAGUUAAAUAGCAGAGUAAUUGCCAUCCUUUUACAUUAAAAUGUUCAUGCAGUUAA